AUGAUUAGCAACACUGUUAAUAACAGCAACAAUAACGCACCUAAUGCUUCCGAACCAAUUGAAAUUAAAUUAAAUUAUUUGAUGAAGAAGCAUGAUGAUGAUCAAAUUAUUGAACAAAGUUUGCCUUCCUUCUCUCCUUUGGAAAAUCUUCAAGAUUUGAAAGAUUAUAUUGCAAAUCAAUUUAAUUCAAAUUUGAUGAAUGAUGAUGAAGAACCAAAAUCUGUCAAGAUUGUUAAAGUUAAGGAUUUCAAGGCAAAAUCUGGUAAAAAGUUUAGAGCCCUUCAUACUGAUGAAGAUUGGACCAAUUCUAUCAAUUCCAUUCUUCAACAUCGUCUUGAUUCCUCUACCACAACUUCUGUUGAACCAUUCAUUGUUGAUUUCAAGAUUAGAAUGAAAAAGUCCAAGAAGGAUAAAGUUUCUAAUGAUAAGAGUGAAAGAAAAGCUGAAAGAGAGCUCAAGAAACAAGAACGUCAAGAAAAACGUCGUUUCCAAAAGGAAGAAUCUCAAAAGGUUCAUGCUGAUGAUUUAAUUCUCGUAGAUGAAAGUACUGGAAUUGCAUCCAAGAUGAAUCCAGAAAUUAGUAGAAUUAUCAUUGAUGGUAAUAAUCUCUUCUUCCAAACCAAUACUUUGAGAGGUUUAAUUCUCAAGAGUAAGAAGAAACACCAAGUUGAAGAAUUACUUGUCCACAUGGCUAAAAAGUAUUCUCAAUUCUCUGAAACAACUUUCAAUCAAAAAUUGAAUUUAAUGCAUGUUGUUUUUGAUGCUUCAAGCAAUCAAGUUAAUGGUACUUCCAAUGAUGGAACAUUUGUUGUUUCAUCUGCCAAGAAGGAAGGAUUCACCAUUGCUGAUGAUAUGCUUGUUGAAUUGGCAAAUCGACAAAAUAUUGCUGGCACUUUGGAUUCUUGUCUAUUUGUUACAUCUGACAGAGGAUUGAGAGAACGUUUGAAGUCCAUUGGAGCUAAAUGUAUCAAGUCUGGAAGAUGGAUGGCAUUUGCUCAUGCUCAUCUUUGUCCAAAUGCAGCCACCACUUCAAUUGAUGAAUGGACUGCUCAAUUAUGGAGUCAAGUUACUAAUGAAAGUAACUAA